AUGGUCAAUCUGCUAACUUACCUCGUUCUCAUUGGGAUGCAGUUUGUAGUUGGUGUUCAGAUAUCUGUAUACUACAUGUCUAUGUGGCCCUACCUAUCCGGGUUGGAUAAAACCGCUGAUAUGGAUUUCUUGGGAUGGGUUGUGGCGGCAUGCAAUAUUGGAUGUACUAUUUCAAACCCCCUCUACGGACUAUGGAACCAAAAAACAAUGUCAUGCAAAUGGCCGACUAUAACUGGAUUCCUUAUCGCUGCAGUCGGUCAAGUCAUGUAUGGGGCCAUUAGUGAAGUACAGCAACACGGGAAAUGGUAUAUGUUGGCGGCACGUGUUGUGACUGGACUUGGAGUUGGAAAUUUGGCGGCGUUGAGGGCUUAUGGAGCAACUGCGUCGACUCCAAAGGAUAGACUGAAAGCGAUAUUCUAUGGAACGGCUGGAUAUGUUUUUGGAAUUUCGUUUGGACCUGCUAUUUCGGCCUUCUUCACUCCUCUCGGAGAGACUGGCUUCAACAUUUGGAUUCUUAAAAUCGAUAUGUACACCACUGUAGCCUAUCUGAUGGCUUUCGUUUGUGUCCUUGCGUCAGUGCUCAUGUUGAUUUUCUUCCAAGAGGAUGACGCUGGAAUCAUUGAUAAAAAUCAGGAUGGUGAUGAGAAAUACCAAAACUACGUUGUCGUCCCAAAAUACGACUUGGUUCCAGCACUAAUCUGUAUUUAUUUGUAUAUGAUUGUCAGUAUGAUCGCCACGAAUAUUGAAGUGAUGUCGACACCUCUUACUACCGUACUCUAUGACUGGAAGGAUUCCCAAGCGAUUCUUUACAAUGGAAUUAUUGAGUCGGUUACUUGUAUUGUAUCGGUGUUGAUCAACUUUGGAAUCGGAAAAUCGAGAAUUGGAAAGAUGUGA